GUUUUGUAGUUUGAACAAUAAGAAAGAAUUGGGAACAAUCAGAGUAUAUAUUGAAUAGAGUUCCCUUAAAUUUUUUUUUUGUUCUUUUUUCGUUUUGGUUUUUGCUCUGGUUUUCGUGAUCAUAACUUUAAGAUGAAGAAAGAUGGGUCUCUGAAACAGAGACUAACGUCAUUGGAUAUUCCAAUGACUCGUCCAGCGAACUUGUUUGACAUGGACUUGUCCAAUGCUCUUGAUUCUUUCCAGCCGGGGAAUAUUGAAAAGGAGGAUAUGCCAAAUGUGCUACCAAUUUUCAAUAGACAGACAGACAAGUUUGAAAAGCUAAUGAAGAAGAAGCGACCUUCUUCGAUGCCAGUGUACCCUUCCACUGCUUUAAGACUGGCGAGUGUUCCUGCUUUACACAAGGAGCUUCCCCAACUCCCGACCAAGAUUGGUUCUGCGGAUAACUUGGCUACUAAUCCCCGAUCGGUAUCGAUGUAUCUCAAUCUGCAUUCUUUAAAAUCCUGUGAUGAUGACUUUAUCACGCCUUUAGCUCAAACGUUCAACAAGCCCAAGCAUAUUAUCGUUGACGACGAUACCGAUAGUUUGUUUUCAGAUAAUUUUCUGAAUUAUCUUACGAAUGCUUCUACUGUAUCUAAUCAAAAGCCAAAUGAUAAUUAUAACUAUGAUGAUUUUUUACAAAAUUACUUAUCUUCGGAAGAGUCCAUGACGCAUCAGGCUGAUAAUGAGAUCCCAGCUCCUGUGGCUGAUUUUGAAGUAGAUCACCCAAGGGGAUCAUCCGAUGAUCUUUAUAGCUUUGUUGAUAGUUUAUUUGGAUCGGAUAAUUCAAGUGAAGAAUACAAUACCCCAUAUAUCAGUCCCGAAUUUAAAGACAAGAGUCAUUUUUCUCCACCACAGAAUACUAAUAAAUCCAAAUCAUCUGCUUCGCUAGUGUUGCCAGACUGGUCUCAAACUUUACCAAAAACAAGAGGCAGGAAUGAUAAUCAUUCAAUGGCAUCGAAAACGAAAAGUAUGUAUUCUACAGCAAGUGCUGGAAACGUAAGCUUACAUGAUGCCAAACAAGAAGUAAAGGAGAUUGUUAGACAAAGACCGUUUAGUUUCUGUCUUGAUAGUGGUAAAGAUUACGAAAAUUCAAGGUAUUAUAUUCCCAAAAGUAAUAAUCUACAUCCAUACAAUAAUCAUUCUAAGAGAAGUUUCACCAGUUUACCAAAAGUUCCCGAAGCAAAAUAUGAACUCAAAUCCGAUCCACCGGUCAACAAACAAGCAGCCAAUUUGUUUCUUAAACUCAAUGAAACUCCUUAUCCGGUUAGUUCAAAGCGUUACUCUUCAUUGCCCGUCCCUCCAAAACCUGUUCAACUACAACCGCAAUCAAAACCUGUUCAACUACAACCGCAAUCAAAACCUGUUCAACUACAACCGCAAUCAAAACCUGUUCAACUACAACUGCAAUCAAAACCGGUUCAACACAAACCUACGUCUACCGCUCCGCCAACUCCUUCAAAAGAUAUAAAAUUUUCAAAGAGUCAUCAUACAAAACACUCGAGUAUAAGUGAUGAUUAUGAUAAACAAGAACAAGUGAUACGAAAAGUAAGCGAUUUUUUCAAAAACCAUGCUGUUCGGCACAAAAGAGUAGUAUCAGAGAAAAGCCUACCUGAUCCUCCAAACACUGAUAGACAAAAUAGGUUCAUUCGUCAUUAACAAUAUUUAUUAGAUUUGUAUUAUAUGUAUACU